AUGCAAAUAUUAUAAUCUUAUUUAUUUAUAAAAAUACUAACAAAGUACUUUAUAGUUAUUAGUUAAUAAUAAUUUCAUUUAAGAUUUUCUACCGAAUAUUCCUUUGUAAAAACUAUUAAAUCAAAUUAUAUUAAAAAUAGUAAUACAAUCAAUAAACAAAUAAAUAAAGAAACACACUUUAAUAAAAUUAUUAAAAAAAUAUAUAUAUAUACAUAAAUUAGCAAAAAAAAAAGUAGAUUGAUGGCAAGCAGAACUAUUACAUUAAAAAGAUUUCUUAUUUUGAAUAGUAUUUGGGCUAUCCCUCUUUUUUCAAGUCAAAAAAUGGAUUCUUUCCAAUGCUAUAUCAAGCAAAUUAAGCAAAUAACUAUGAAUAAGGUCUAUGCAGCUACCAAAGACAAUAAUAAUUACAUAAUAAUCUCUACUAAUGGUGGUGAAUUAAAUAACAUUAAAGAUGAUUAAAUUUAGAGUUUAAGUUCAAAUAUUUGCAAUGAAAACAAGGAAAUUCUAUAAAUUAUUGACUUGAUUCAAAAGAAGCAAAAGCAAGAUGAGUCAGAAGGUAAUUAAAAGCAAAAUAAAGAAGAUAAAAAGCAAAAAGAAAAGGACGAUGAAGAUAAAGAAAAAAAAGAAGACGAAGAUAGUGACGAAGAAAGUGAUAGUGAAAGCAGUGAUGACGAUGAUGAUGAUCAAAGUGGUGGAAUUCUAAUCCCUGUUAUUGAAUGGGUAAAAGGCAUUAUUCCAAGAGUAAUUCCUAAUCCAUAAUCUUAAUCUUGA